AUAAACGUUUCUAUAAAAGAAACCAACUGAUUAUUCCGCUCAUUCUUUGUUUCCAUCAUGAAGUUCCUUCUUUGUCUCGUGUUCGUAGCCCUCAUCGUCACAGCUCAGUCUCUGACCGACGAGCAAAAAGCCAACUGGAAAAACUGGAGCGACGCAUGCCAAGCUGAAACCGGCGUCUCCACAGAUUCCAUCAACAAAAUCCGAAACAACGACUUUUCCGCCGUAGACGACAAACUCAAAGCCCACAGUCUGUGCUUCGGCAAGAAAUCCGGCCUCGUCGACGCAUCCGGCGACAUCAACGUCGAAAAAGUCAAAGCCAAAUUGAGGAAUGUCGUCGACAACGAAGACAAAGUCAACGAAAUCAUCACCAAAUGCGUCGCCAAUAAAGGAACUAAAGAGGAGACGUCGUUCCAGGUUUUUAAAUGCAUCAGGGAAAAUCAGCCAAACUUCGUACCUGUUUAAGGGAAUAGUUUUGAAAUAAAGUUACUAUAACAGUU